CCCAACUCGACUCCUAAAGGUCGUCCAGCACAUCAAUACUUUGAUACUCUUGGCACUGAUACAAAAGCGGGCCAAUCACAUCACCACUUCAGUUUUUUUCUCUUGACAUCACCAGCACCACAACCUCAAGAUCGAGCUAGAAGAGGUUCUUCUUUCAAAAAAUCCAGAUAUUUGAACGCCUGGGCCUGUGUCCAAAAGGCUAGCCCCCUCAGCGCUUGAGCAGACCGAGGCGCAACCAUGCCUUCUCAACCCCCACUACCGCCCCUCCUCACACCCUAUCUAUCAAACCAGCCCGAGUCCUCCCUCACGCUGGUCUCCUCGAUUUUGGGCGCAACUUCUAACUGGCUCAUCCUGAGGUACCUACAUGCAGCAUUGGGUUCAUCUUCGAACUUUAACGCCUCCGUUGGAAUCGAUGAGCCCUCCAAUGGUGCUAAGAGGAAAGUGGUACUUGUGAGCUUCUUGCGAAGCUGGGAAUUCUGGAGGGUAGAAGCAAAGCGAUUGGGCCUGGACCUUGCACGCUUAGCAGACAAGCAACAAUUCGCAUUUGUGGAUGGCCUGUCAGAACUAUUCAAUACCCCUGGCACUGCCUCUAGUGCACCGAUGAACAUAGGAAGCGCGGUGCGCACAACCCUCCCUAUCCGAUCUCAUCCUGGUGCUGUGCCUGGCAGAGGACCGCCCUCAGUGGUAACAGCUGAGCGCCCUGGAAACGAGAGUCUUCGCCAGAGAGAGCCUGGCACCACUAAGAAAUUACACUUUACUGGGCAUGGAAUUGCCGCGCUGGAUGCUAUGGAGAAGGACAUUAUCUCUGAAAUCAACCGACAGAGAAGUUCCAUGACCGACGGCGAUGAGGUACUGUUGGUCAUUGACCAGCCGGAUUUCCUUCUGGCCGCAACUGGCGCAAGUAUGGGCAUUGGAGCUACUGAAAUGGCGGAGUGGGUGACUGGAUUACAGCAGCAUGUGCAUGCAACUGUCUUGACUAUGGCUGCUGAUUCCCCCUUGAUACACAACGCGUCUACUACUGGGAAUCAGCUAUCUACGCCCAUUGAGACGGAACAUGCGGCGUUUGCCAUUGGCAUAGCCCACAGAGCUCGGUCUGUGAUGCAGCUCCGUACGCUUGAGACUGGUGCUGCGAGGGAUGUGAGCGGAGUGCUCAGAAUCAGUCGUGGCGGUGGCUGGACUACCGAGGCAGAGGGCAGCCUGGACGAAAGGGAGUUGCUGUACUAUAUCCAGAGAGAUGGUGGAGUUCGAGUAUUUGGGCGUGGCGAGUCGUAAGAUGUUUCGAUUGCGGGGUUCCUAUAAUGGUUAAAUAUGCCUCCGGUAGAAGUCUAAAAAGCGAACAACCAUGACGAAGAUCUGGUUAUUUCCAACGGCUGCGCAUCGAAGAUAGACCCAGAAAUAGAAGAGAGAUAUCUUCGCAUUGUUUAUCUGUCACGACAUGUGGAUAUUCGCCAGUCAUAAACGAGGAGAAAUAAAAGGAAAUUCAUGCAUGUUUUCCAAGACCGUAGCCUUGAUUUUUAUGCCGCUUUGUCCUCCUCGCACAACUUUUCAUCCUCUCGAACCGUUUGCUGUUCCCGAGGCUAUGUGCAAGUGACGCAACAAAGGACGAGAUUGACGAUCGUAACCACACCAACUCCACGAGAAAAAGCGAUAUUUUUAUUUCGGAAUUGCCAUUUGCAUUUCGAGUAAAUCUAUCUCGCAAUGCUAGGCCAUGUCAUGCCAGGAUGUCCGACCCACCCCUCAUUUCUUUUCCAGCCUCUCCGAGCAACGAAAACGCGACGCCGAAUGGGAAAACAUUGUUGAUUUAGGAGCUCUGGGGGCCACGGGCGCCCUUGGGGGUACCGGUCUGGAAGCCGUUCGUGAAGCGGCGGUGGACGUCGCGGAGGGAGCGCAGGCGGCCGGAGCCGGUGGUCUUGCGGCGCUUGGCCUUCUCGCUCCAGUUGACUAUUGUUUUAAGAAAAUUCCGUGUAAGCCGAUGUGUCUCGUAACCAGAGUCGUAUCAUCCACAAGGUUGUUCUGCGUUCCAAUCGCAAUUUCACCUGAGAGAAGGGGGAGUAUGCGUACACUUGCGGGUCUUAGCAGCAGGGUAGCCGCAGUUGGCGCAGGUCGACUUCUGGAUGUGGAAGGACCGCUUGCCUGUCAAGUCGCAAAAAACUUCCGUCAGCAAUUUGUUCCUAGAUCACUGCAUAUCGUCCACCCGUCGUUGUCCAUGGGACAGUUCCAAUUCGUAUCGAUCCUUUGUAGAGAAACGUGCAAACUUCGGACCGGACGGGUGGAUCGAAAAGAAUCGUGGGAUUAUGGGAAAUACUAACCACAACGACGGCACAGAGUGUGAGUCUUGUUGUGGCGCUUGCCGAAGCUCGAAGUACCCUUGGCUGUUGAAAGUUGUUAGUCUUUGAACGGAUUCGAUGUUGCCGACGAUUGCGCGGAGCGAGGAUUCGAUAUCGACGUACUCAUUUUGAAUUAGGGGAACUGCCGGAAACAAUGAGAUGUUAGUAAAUCGAAUGAAGGACGAGGAUUGUGGUGUGCAAAGGGGGGCAGCAUGCGAG